AUGGCGAUUGCUAUUUCACAGGCAGUCCUACAACAUCGAGCCUCCGUACAAUUCGGGGUGCCACGAACUGAUAUUCAACUGAAAUUCAAAAAUUACAGGGUUACCGGCAAUAUGAUCAGCGGUGCCGCUCAACAGCACAAAAAACGUCUUGUUCCAUUACGGAAAACGGACGCAAUGAAUCAUGCUGAACGGCGAAAUUUUCUCAUUUUGGAUGAAGUAUGGCGUUCCGGAGGCAGUGAAUGUUUUCAGAUUAUACCACCGGGUGGAAUUGGAGCGGACGGAGAGCCGAUGUUUUUACGACUUAAUAUUGGCGGCACAAGAUAUAUGCUACUUGUGGAUGCUCUUCUAAGAGCAGAACCAUCAGGAUUUCUUGCAAAAUUCGUUCAACUCACUCAUACUGCCAGAUUAAAGGUAGCCGACGCAUAUUUGCCCAAUGAAGAGUCGUAUUUUUUUCAAAGAUCCCCUAUCGCUUUUGAUGCUAUUUUUCAAUAUUAUGCUACUGGUGUUGUACAUCGACCAUCGGAGGUGUGCCCUGCCUCGUUUCUCAGUGAGCUCGACUUUUGGCGUAUUUCACAUCAACAUGUCGGCUCUUGUUGUGCUGACAUCGUACCGCAGAAGAAGGAGGAAGAAAAGGAGGAGGAAAAGGUAGACGAUACUACGUUCGACAACUUAAUGUUUGGCAAAGUACGGAGGCGAAUGUGGACAUUUCUGGAACGACCGGGUUCCUCGAUGCAAGCAAAAGCAUUUGAAUUAUCGUCAACACUAUUCGUUGCAAUUUCUGUGAUGGGGCUUAGUUUCGGCACAAUUCCGGACUUCCAGGUGACACAUUAUAUGCCACCGCACAACGAAACUAUUGUGCUACCGAAUGGAACCGUAACUGUGGUGGAGAAGGUUGAGGAAAUGAGAGUGGAGCAUCCGGCAUUUGUGUUCACCGAAAGGAUUUGUAUCGCCUUCUUCACGGUGGAAUACUGCCUUAGGCUGUUCGCCGCUCCCCGGAAAUUACGAUUCGCACUUAAACCGCUCAAUCUUGUCGACUUGCUAGCUAUCGUUCCAUUCUACCUCGAGCUGUUGCUCACCCUUUGUGGGGUCGAUGACAAGAAGCUCAGAGAUCUACGAUGGGCCUUCCUUGUUGUACGAAUCCUACGAGUACUUCGAGUGAUAAGAAUUAUAAAACUCGGACGUUUCUCGUCAGGUCUACAAACAUUUGGAAUGACUUUGCAAAGGUCACAAAAACAACUCCAGAUGAUGACGAUCGUACUUCUUACUGGCGUGGUUUUCUUUUCUACAAUGAUUUAUUUUCUGGAAAAGGAUGAGGAUGGCACACCGUUCACCAGUAUACCUGCUGCAUAUUGGUGGUGUAUUGUGACGAUGACCACUGUUGGUUACGGAGAUGCUGUUCCAGCUACAACCAUGGGAAAAAUUAUCGCAUCAGCGGCAAUUAUGUGCGGAGUACUAGUGCUGGCCUUACCAAUCACCAUCAUCGUGGACAACUUCAUCAAAGUGGCUCAGGAUGAGCAACAAGCGGAACAAGCGAAACUUGACCAAAGCAGACAAGAGUUGGCUCUUCAAUCAAUGCUGCAAGGCGACGAGGACUAA